UUGCGUUCAGUUGUUGUGGUCGCAACGCGUUUACUAGUCGUUGUGCCCUGGCCUCGUGUGUGUUCUUUGUUGCUUGGCACAAAACUAAACAUCCUGACACUACCUGUCACCAAGGCUCUGCAAUUAUUAGCUUGAGAUAUUCAAAGUAUAACCGUAGCGCUAAGGAUGAGCAGUAAAGUAAAUUUUACCUUUGAUAACGUCUUGGGUGUCUACUAUGCUGGUCAGGUUGUGUCCGGCACAGCUGAACUCAUCACAGAACGCUCGAAGACCAUACGCUCAAUCUAUAUUACUGUGAACGGUUUUGUGGAGACGCGCUGGCAGGAAAGUGUAGAAAAGCCCGGAGCCGAUGGCAAGCUGGGGAAAACACUGGAGACGCAUACGGCCACAGAGAUCUAUUAUAGUAACGAUAAAUAUGUGUAUGGUCAGAGUGGUGGAUCGCAGCUUGAGUUGCCCAAGGGCAAGUACGUAUUUCCCUUUCAGACCACCAUACCACCGCAGGCUCCCACCUCUUUCAACGGGACUCACGGCCAGGUUAAACACGAAGUGACCCUUACCAUAGAUCGAGCCGUGCGUUACAAUAAUAUAUUUCAGCAAUGCUUUACAGUUAUACUGCCCAACGAUUUGAAUGUAAAUCCGGAACUUGUGCAACCAUUGAAACGCAUUGAGGAAAAAACCUUUUGGUGGGGCUCAAUUUUUGGCGGCAAAAAGCCCAUGGUUAUGGAUGUGAGUACUUCAUACAGCGCCUAUGUGCCAGGCCAGAAAGUACACUUUCACAUUGUGCUGGACAAUCAAUCAGAUGUACAGUGUCAGGAUGUGAAAGUGCGUUUAUUUAGGAACAUCACCUAUCGCGGCAAAUCGAAUGAUCAGGAGCAUCUUAUGUCCACGGAAGCUCGGAUAGCCGAUAAGCACUGUGGCGAGGUGGACAAGCAUAACAAGGCGCAGUUUGAUGAAUAUCUACUGGUGCCGCCCACAGCUCCAACAACUCUGAGCGAUCGCGAUCCCGUUCGGAUUAGCUACACACUGCGUUUCAUUGCGAAAACCUCUCGUUUACAUGGUGGUGGUGAUCUGGUGAUGGAUUUUCCACUUGUCAUAGGUACUGUUCCGCUGUUGGCCAGUGCUGAUGACAAGGGACCCGGACAGAAAACCAAACCUAGCAGCACAAAUGGAAGCCAGCGUAUACUGUCUGAGCCCAACUUCCAGGAGGAUGUGAGCAGUGAACAUUUUGAGUCCAACACUUUUAAACCACGCUAUCCGGUUUAUCUGUUCGAUGGGCAGCCAGGAAUUGCUAAUGGAUCCGGCGCUGUCAAAUCACCCGUCCCUAGUCUUUAUCCAAAAGCAGCGGACACUCCACCAGCAGCUCCAGUCCAAUAUACUCCAAAUCCUGUUUCGCCAGCAGGGAAACCUUCAGCCGCCGAAGCUCUAAAGGUGCCACCAUAUCCCGUACAAGCACCCGCAGCUCUGCCAGCGACUGGUAAUAAUUUUGAAGUGCUUGGCUUUAGCAUUCCACCGGGCUAUCAGCCCACGCCCAGUGCACCAGCUGAUGCCACAGGUUCAAUAGGAUGGAAGUAGUUAAUAUAUUGAUCAAGAUUUUUUGAAUAUAUAUUCGCGCGCACUCAUUUAGUGGCAACGCCACGCAAUUAUAUCGACAAAUCGUUGGCAAACAAGUAGUGUUUCGUUUUCGUGGUAUCUUUAGAAAAAAUAUCAAAAUAAGAUUUUUUAUAUUUUGCUUAAAUACGCCACCCUAUGGGUUUGAUUUAAUUGAACUAAAUAACCUUCAAUCAGGGAUUUAGUUCGUUUAAUUAAACAUAAUCCAUACGAGUA